AUGCAAUUCGUCCAAGGAUUCCGCGAGAUUUUUGAGGGAGUUAAAUACGAUACGAUUGCUUGUGAUAUUUAUGGAGUGCUCCACGAUGGCCUUGAAGCCUAUCCCUAUUCGAAAGAUGCACUUACCGAACUAAAAUUACGAGAUGAACAAGUGAUUCUUUUAUCCAAUUCAACACGACUGCAGGACAAGCUUGAUGCUGCCAUGUCUGUCAAGUUCGGCAUCACAACUCAACAUUACAGUGAACUACUUUCAAGUGGACUGCUCACCAAAUAUUUUUUGAAAGACCUUUCUGAGUAUUUAAAAACAGGCAAAGUGGAAAAGGCGGCCUGCCACGCUACAGUUCGAUUUAAGGGAAAGGAACAACGGAUGGACCCUGAAGAAUUCGCGGCUACCUACCUUAAACAAGGGAAAUUUUUUUUAGCAGGUGAUCCAGAUUGGCAGGAGCCACUCUAUAUGCCCUGUGCACCGACUUUGGAACGGGUUCACGAUUGGGAUCAGAUGGAAUUUGUAUUAUUAGGAUCAAUACGAGGAUUAUUCCCAGAAACAAAGCCAGUAAAUCCAUUCAGUGCAGAAGAUGUACGAGCAGACUAUAAACCUCUCUUAGACAAGUGUUUAGAGAAAAAUAUCCCCAUGAUUUGUGCUAAUCCUGAUGUUUUUGCUCCUAAUGGAGUUGACGAAAAUGGAAACAUACGACUACUGAUUUGUCCUGGUUUUGUGGGCCAAAUGUAUGAGGAAAUGGGUGGUCAAGUUUUAUACUUUGGCAAGCCCUUCAGAAGCAUUUAUGAAUACCUUAUUGAGCACAAAGCCCGGAAACCUCUUAUAGAAGAAGCAGAAAAAAUUGGUAAUGGUACUUUUCCAAAGAGAAUUGUCUGUGUAGGUGAUAAUAUAGCUACUGACGUGAAAGGAGCAACUGAGCUUGGGUUGGAUGUUGUUCUGAUUCUCGGUGGUGUCCAUUGGGAGGAGCUGAAAGGAUACAAAGAUGAAGAGGAUUUGAAAACACGUGUCAAGCAACUCUGUAAAAAGCACAAUAGUAAGGAACCAACAUAUCUUAUGCCUCUACUUAGAUAUUAG